GUGACAUACGUUUUACAAACUUUACAGAAAUGUUUCUAAUUCCACUACUGACAUGUUUGCUUCAACAGGCCAGUGAUUGAUAGAUAGAGAUAGAUACUUAAUUUAUCCAGAUGGAAAUUGGGGCAUCCAAUAGCUUAUGACAUCCACAUACCCACAUGCAGAACAUGAAACACUUAAAACAGGAAGAAAAUGCAAUUGUGAGAUGAUUGUCUAUCCACCAGAUGUUCAUGACACACAGUGCUGAUAGGCUUAUGUAAAUAUGUAUUUAAGAACAUGAUGAUGCUUUCCAUUCCACUCCAUUUAGUCUCCCGUUUUUGGGACAUACAUUGUAUAAAUAGUAGGCGAGAGCCAGGACGAAGUUAACACCUCAUUUAAAAACACAAUGUUUGAGACUGAAAGCCAAUAUUUUUUCACUAGCAACCUACAUCUGUCCUCUGUUAAAUGCAGUUGCACUUUUAGUCCUGGACAAGGCCGUUCAGGAAUAAUUUGAGCAAACCUUGUGAAACAAUCAAGUAGCUGCCAAUUAAGCUCUUAAAACAUAAAAAGACUUGCUGCCUCUGUGAGUUAGUGAAUCUAAUCUACUAAUUACAGCUCUAUGUGCUACUCCAGCGUUUGGCAUGUAUUCCUUAAGCCCUGAACUCCUCGCCAGCAGAAAAUUGGGCAAUUUUUGAGUCUUUGUGUUCAUUCAGUUAUUAAUUUCUCACUUUGUAUGUAUUUUAUCUUCUCUUUCUCAAGUUUAUCUUUUCUUUCUCAAGUCUCAGAUAACAGAGAUUGUGAGCUAUAGACUUCCAUGCUCUCUCUUAUCAUAGACCUACAUGUUGGAAGUGUAGUUCCACUUUAAGAGGCUGCUCGUUUGCUAUUGGUUUGGUGCUGCACUCGGCUCGAGCCAAUAGCUCGCAGGACUGUACAAAGAGAUCUACUCCCUCCCUCACAGUGAAGUGUAAACCCAUCAGGGAUGAGUGUAGGAGAGAAGCUUGUGCACACACGGAUGGAAAAUGUUGAUCGGUCCAAAAGAGAGUCUCGGUCCAAUGUUCCUAUCAUGGUUGGAUACAGAAUCUUCUAGUUUUUAGGGUGAAGGAUACGUAUGUAAAUGGGGAGUUCGACUGUGUUUUCGUGGAAAUGAACUACUGCAGGAAUAACCGUGUUUGGAGAUUGCGGGCGCCUUGGCUUUUUUAUUUUGCCGUUUGGUGGAAUGCAGUUAAUGCUCAAAUACGUUAUACCAUCCCGGAGGAACUGAAGGAAGGUUCCGUGGUUGGAAAUAUCGCCAAGGACCUUGGUUUGGGAGUCGCAGAUAUUGCACAUCGCCAGUUACGGAUAGCCUCGGAGACUGGAAAACAGCAGUUCGAUGUGGAUUUGGUAAAGGGUGAGCUGGUCGUCAACGAGAGAAUAGACAGGGAGUCUUUAUGCGAAGAAAGCGUUACUUGUGUGUUGCCCUUGCAAGUUAUAAUUGAGAACCCAUUAGAACUGCACCGAGUGGAGAUAGAUAUUCAAGAUAUAAAUGACAACGCUCCAUAUUUUCACACAAAGGAGAGUGUAUUAAAUAUACCUGAAUCAAUUAGUGUACAGUCACGUUUUUCUCUGGAAAGCGCUGAAGAUCCUGAUGUAGGCAGUAAUAGUUUACGAUCGUACUCGUUAAAUAAAAAUGAAUAUUUCCUAUUGGAUGUAAAACAAGGACAUGACAGAAAAGUUCCAGAAUUGGUAUUACAAAAACCUUUAGAUAGGGAAAAUCAGUCUGUACAUGACUUAGUUUUGACAGCAUUUGAUGGGGGAAACCCAGUAAAAUCUGGGACAUCAGUGAUAAGAGUGAUAGUUCAAGAUAUUAACGACAACAGGCCAAAAUUUGAUCAGUCCUUAUACAAAGGAUCUGUGCGAGAAAAUGCUAAUCUCGGCUACAGUGUCAUAGCCUUGAGAGCAACUGACAUAGAUGAAGGUGUAAAUGGAGAGGUGCGAUACUUAUUUGGGGCACGGACCCCUGAAUCUGUGAGAAAAGCAUUUAGUAUAAACGCUGACACUGGGGAUGUAACGGUCAUUGGCGAAAUUGAUCACGAGGCAAGUAAAUCAUUCACUUUCGACGUGAGCGCUAAAGACAAAGGAACACCGGCUUUACAAGGCCAUACAUCGGUUCAGAUUGACAUACUUGAUGAAAAUGAUAAUGCGCCUGAGGUCAUAUUAACUUCAAAGCCCAGGCCGGUGAAUGAAAACGCGCCCGUUGGAACUGUUGUUGCUUUGAUAAACGUUAAAGACCUGGAUUCUGGUGACAAUGGCAAAGUAGAUGUGAAAGUGUCCCCUGGUUAUCCGUUUAAAUUAAAAGCGUCAUUUACUAACCAUUACUCAUUGAUAACAGAUGCACUAUUAGAUCGAGAGGUAAAUCCGGAAUACAGUGUAGAAAUAGUUGCCAAUGACAAUGGCUUUCCUUCACUUAAAACAAGCAAAGUCAUACCAGUCAAAAUCACUGAUGUCAAUGACAACCCACCAGUGUUCUCACAGCGUUACUAUAACGUGUAUGUUAAGGAAAAUAACCCAGCUGGAUCGUCAUUAUUUUCAGUGACGGCGACGGAUAGUGAUCAAGAUAAAAAUGGCAUGCUUGUUUAUUCCGUUCUAGAUUCAACAUUUCAAGACACUCCGAUUUCAUCCUAUUUUUAUAUUAACGCGGAGAAUGGCACUAUUUACAGUAUGAAUUCCUUUGACUACGAGAAAAUAAAAUUAUUCCAAGUAAUUGUUCAAGCGAAAGACCAGGGAUCUCCCUCUCUGAGCAGCAAUACAACCGUUCAUGUUUUUAUCCUAGAUCAAAACGACAAUGCCCCCUCUGUCAUUUACCCUUCCACAAUAAUGGGCUCUGUGUCUCAUCAGAGGAUGCCCCGCUCUGCUAAGACGGGGCACCUCGUCACCAAGGUAACGGCUGUGGAUGCUGACUCGGGCCACAACGCCUGGAUUUCCUAUAGACUCGCCGAAGCUACAGACUCGUCCCUGUUCGCUGUGAAUCUUUACACUGGAGAGGUGAGGACAAAACGCUCUGUUUCAGAGCAGGAUGACGCCUCUCAGAGACUGCUAAUAGAGAUCAAGGACAAUGGAGAGCCAGUCCAGUCCACCACAGUCACAGUGGACAUACUGAUAGAGGACGGACUACACGAACCCAUCUCAGACUUCAGACAAAAAGCCACUGAGAAAGACAAGAAAAAUAGUAAAAUCACCUUCUAUUUGAUUCUAUCGCUAGCAUCAGUGUCCGUACUAUCUCUGCUGACUUUUUUCAUACUUCUAAUUAAGUGUGCUAGAAACAGCAGAGACAGUGGUAGCUGCUGUAUUAGAAGAGAUUCUGAUGGAUACAAGAAUCCCAACAGAAACCUACAAAUCCAGCUCAACACUGACGGGCCUAUUAAGUAUGUGGAGGUUCUGGGAGGAGACAUGAUGUCUCAGAGUCAGUCGUUUGGGUCUUAUUUGUCUCCAAUGUCGGAGUUCAGUGACUUAACUCUUGUCAAGCCUAGCAGCACGCUUGACUUUAAGGAUACAUUACGUGGGCUUGAUGCGUCAUUGCCAGACAGUGCAUGGACGUUUGAAUGUCAGCAGCAAAAACCACCCAACAAUGACUGGCGCCUUCCACCGAACCAGCGACCUGGACCCAGUGGCCAGCACAGGUUCCACACCAUUCAACAGAGAUGGACCCCAUACGAAAAAUCGAGAGCGGGCCCCCUCCCUGAGGGAGCAGGUGUGGUUGCCGGCACUGGACCUUGGCCACAACCGCCCACCGAGGCGGAGCAGCUCCAAGCUCUCAUGGCCGGAGCCAACGCAGUGAAUGAAGCCACGGCGACCCUGGGGCCCCGCUACAACGCCCAGUACGUGCCCGACUAUCGCCAGAACGUCUACAUCCCCGGCAGCACGGCCACCCUGACGGCCAACCCACAGCAGCAGCAGCAGCCCCAGCAGGCGCUGCCCCCGCCUGCGGCCAUGCCCCCCGUGGACGUCCCCAAGGCUGCCCAGACCCCCGCCAGCAAGAAGAAGUCCACCAAGAAGGACAAGAAGUAAGCUGAGGGGGCAUGGUGUUGGAGGCGGCUAUAUGGUCCGAACGUGAUCUGAUAUGUCUCUCUAUCUACUCCUGACGGUGUGUUAGCGUUUGUUUCGUUCUUCUUUCACGGAUUUGUUUGAGAUUUUUAAAACAACAACAAAAAAAAAAAGCUUCAGAAAAAGAGAACCUCAGGCACUGAGGUUGUAGUAUUAUGCUGUACUUUGUUUAGAGAUGUUGUUGUCCUUUUUUUAUUUUUCCUUUUUCUGUCUUUAUUUAGUCGUAUGUAUACCAGUCUAUCUUGCUCUUUGGGCUUGACUUCAUAUUUUGAACAGCAAUUUCAAUCUUCAGUUAAGGUGAGGGUUGCAUGUGAUAGGGGAGAUGUAUUCACAUGGUAUUUCAAGACCUGUAGUUCAAAACAGGGAUGUGUAUCCCUAUUGUGUAAGAUAAUAUUACUGAGUGAGGUAAAAAAAAAAGAAGAAAAGAAAGACUAAAGAAUGAUUACAGGUCAUUUGUCAUGUAAAGGCUUUUAAUGUUCCUUUCUAAAUGAAAAAUAGAUGCUUCUUGUGGUGACAAGAAUGACAAUGACAAUGUUUUGUUAGACUUCUUACUCGAAGAGGAUGUGCCAUAGCUCAAGACAAUUGCAUGAUCCAAGAUAACCUAAGGAAUUAGACCCAUUAAGACUAUGCAGUGAAGCAGAGAUUUUUUUUUUAUGAACCUGAAUUGAUAUGAUCUAAAUUUGAGCUUGUUACACUAAUGGCAAGAGUCACCUUCAAUGUUUGAGUCAUAUACAAGAACCAGACCAAACUCAUGUUUAUAAGAUUAUUUUAGACAAACAUAGAUUUUAGUAGGACAAGAAGAGAUCAAUGUGAAGUCUGCACUGUUCCACUUGUAUUUAGACUUCAGCCCAACGGUUUCUCUCUCUCUGCAUGUACUGUUCUAACCUUAUGAACGUGCAUCACACCAAGUAUUGUAUGAACCUUGGAGUAGAGUUGGCUUGAUAUCGAAUGGGUUUUUUGUUAUCUAUCUUACCAUUUGAUUAGUGUUACGCCAUAUUGGCCCAAUCAAACAGGGCCUGUUCUAUGUGGUAGUGAUGGUCCAAUUGACAGAGCUCUACUAUCCUGAAGUGCUUGUGGGGAAAUUCUAUAUGAAGUUGUUAGGGAACUAGGAUUAGAAGGACUGGGUAAAGGAGGCAAGGGUUUUGGGGAAAUGGAUACUAAAUGGUGGGUGAACUGGAGAUAGAGACAAGACUCUCGUAGGACUGACAGGAGACACGGGAAACUCCAGAUCUGGAGUUGUUAGAAAAAAAGGAACAUUGGAAGAGUACUGAACAUGUUGACAGAGAAAAUAAAACAAAAACAUCAGACUAGCACACAAGGGAUUGAUGGUUUCCUUUCGCUGCAGAGGAAAGCGUUUCAGCUACACGUCAACCACUACAACACUUGCAUAAACUUGAGUAACAAUGUGGUUACUUGCACUGUAAUAAGAGCACACAUAGGCUUUUGGUGACAUUUACACCUAUGGCAAUACCUGCCACAUAGGCAGCAGUUGAGGCCACCAACAGGCUACACACACAAAAACGAUGGCUAUCCACUCUGACCUAGUGUUUUUUUUUGUAACAUUAACCCAGAAUGUUUGACACCUGCCUUUUACUCCACUACCCCAAGAGCACCACCACUCUACCCUAAUGUAUAUAAAUCACAUAGCCGGUCCGUAUGAGCUUCAGAGCCAGCAGGUUGGCAUCUACUGGAAUGUUUAGACUAUUUUUAAGAAAAACAAAGUAAAAUAAAAAAAGAUGAAAAAAAAAACUGUUAACCUCUUCAGAUUAUGUGUAGUGCUAUAGAAUGCGCAUUUAGGCCACAGACUAACCAACCUGUAAAUAAUCAAAUUUAAACUCUUGCAAAAGACACGCAGUUGUAGGCUUGAGGCUCGUGAAAUAUUGUGCAUAUUUUUGUGUUUUCCUCUCUAUCGCGUUCGCUCUCUCUCUUUGUCCUUCUCUGGUUUUCUUCUUUUUGAUCACGGAGACUUUGAAGAAUAACACAGCGCACUAAAAUGUCUUUGAGGUGUUUCCUCAUUCCUGUGUACUCCUUUCUGUGUUUGUAAUUUCAAUCAAUUGUUAGUGUUGCUGGAAUGCCAUCCCUGUCCAAAUGAAUAUAAAUAUAUAUUAAUGUGUGUCUUCUGCUGGAAUACUUAAUAUACUGUAAUAUCUUUCAUAUUAAAUGCGUAGAGCUUCAUGUUACACGUUUAUUUUAUAUGCUAAUAUUUAUAUUGCUGUUUAUUUGUUUAUGUUUUUCUUUAUUCCCUGAACACUGACAUUUCAAAAUAAAAGUUCAUUGGAGCUUU